AUGUCGAACAGCGACACCUUUCCACAAACUGGCAUUAUUGUUCCCCGGGAAGACUCUCAAACCGAUAAUAUGGGUGAUUUGGCACAUUCAAUCUUGGACGAUAUUGUUUACAAUAUAAUCCACGAUCUCGUCCUAAAUACCCAUCGAGAAGAGAAGAUGGCCAAAAGUAUGACUGCUGCCAUUCUCGUCGAGCAAAAAGCUGCGCAAACGGCGCCACCCUCGGACGAUUCGAAUCCGGCUGCUCCAGAGGUGCAACAUCGUGUUGCGUUGGACUCCGCCAUAUACGAAAAUGGGAAAGUUUAUCUUGUUGGAAACCCGCUGCAAACAACCAAAGAGACAAUAUGUCCGAAAUGUCAUUUACCCCGUCUUUUAUACCCGAGCGAUGGAGUUGGGGCGAGGAAACCGGAGCCGGGGGUGGAAUAUUGCAAGAAGCGCCCAUACAUUGAGAAACCAUAUCACGACAUCUACGGACAAACGUUUCAAAUGGAAGGCCCAGGGCGAGGGAAGAAGAAGAAGGAUAUGGUCAAUCCGUUAUUACAAUCUGCGAAGGAAAACACCCCCAAUGGCAGCCAAGACUCGCCCAACCCGUCGCCCCCACCUGGUGAGGUACCGAAGCCGAUCUCCUUUCCGCACGCCAAAUGUCACAACUGCAGUCAGUUCCUCCCAAUAAAGCGGAUGAACAAUCAUAUGAUAAAGUGUAUUGGAGGUGGCGGACGAGACUCCUCACGAGCGGCUUUGCUGAAAAUUCAAAAUGGGAGUGGGACAGGCAGUCAGAAUGGGAACACGCCACCUGGGAGCCGCACUGGGACUCCAGCACCGCUUUCACAGCCCAAUGCAAAAGGUAAAACCAGCCCGAAUAAGAGAGACGCUGGAGACGAUUUCGAUUCCGAUUCCUCGCCACAAAAGAAGAAGAAAUUACUCAAGAAGAGUAUCGCGACAAAGCUGAAAGCUCCAAAAAUGGCCAAGUCAGGUUCACAAAUGUCGAGUUCGAAUUUAAGCUUUGAGCAGAAAGCUCCUGCUACAGAUGAUGAGGACGAUGAUGGUGGCGAUGACGAUAACGAUGCAGACUUCGGAACUGUGUUGGUCGAGCCAAAGAAGAAGGUCAUCAAACCUAUAACAAAGAAGACGAAAGAUUCGCUUGGGCUGGAGCGUAAAAAGAAGUGGUUACACGGAAAAGGAGGACAGAAACCUUCAUUACUACCGCCAUCAGAUCCCCCGGAUUCGACGAGUAGUGUCAAAUUAAAAAUCAAAAACAGCAGCUCCAGUCUCAACGGAGAGAGGACCAAGGUUUUACCGCCAAAGAGCCUAGUAAAUGGAAGCUCGAAGCCUCACCCGUCACCCAGUAUCAAUGGGAAAACAGCCCCUGGGGUCCUCCGGGCAGACUCUGAAUCUAGCCAGACCUUGAGUUCUCCUAAUUAA